AUGCUCCCAAUGAAGCACCUCAUUCGCCUUUCACUGCUUCUCGCCGGCAGCAUAUUCGCUCGAGCAGCGGGAGAUCACAAGGUCCACAUCAUGUUCGGUCCGAACGUCCAGAUGCUGGUUCCGGGCCCUCAGGGGGUACGAGAUGUCAUUGGGCCAGACCUCCAUACGCAUCUGGCGGAUGAUCAGUGGCCGGGGGUGAGCUUCGAGCCGCAUUUCCCUUAUCUAGCCAAACCAGGGGGGAGGGAGAUCAAAUAUGCUUGCAAUAUAACACGCGUGGACAACAAGCCCCUGCUGGACGAUCGGGUCUUCGUAAUACAGGGUGCCUAUCCGUUGAUGCCACAGAGCACGACCCCGAAUGGUCCCUUGGUGAUGACCUGCGUGGACAGGACAGCAUACUGA